UCUCCUCCAGGCUCAGCUUCUUCUCUUGGCCCUAGAGUUUCAAUAUCUUCUCACAUGAACUUCAAAUCCGAAGAGAGUUUCGAAUCAUAAUGAGAUCUGUUGGAUUCUGAAUCGGUCUCGAACGUACUAAUUAUUUACUGAUUGUUUCUCGGGAGAACAGUUUCCUGGAAAUAUAGCUCUAUACGUUUCGACACACUUAUGAAUGGCUUGGAGAGAGGUUGGGAAAAAGAGCAUUUGUGCCAAUCUCACAAAAGCUUUGGCUUCAACAAAAUCUAGAGAUGUUCCUGAUCCGCUUUCCACGCCUAUUUUGGAAGAUGCGCUGAAAUCAAUUUCUUCUUCCAUCAAACAUGUACCAGUGUUUUCUGCGAGCCAAUCGUCAUUGGGUGCUGAUAAGUGCCAGAUUUUGCCCAACCGACCCUUAACACGGCGUUUUCAUGCAAGUCCUGGACUAUUGGCUAGAAGAAGAAGUGAUGAACCAUUUGGUUUGAAGACUCCGAAGAGAGAGAAGUAUGUGAAAAGAGAGAGUAAGAUGCAACCGCCUGUCGAAGCUCCUUAUGUGCAUCCUAAACCCAAAAGAACUACCAAAUCAUUACCAGAUAGAACAAUUGACAUAUUUGAAGGCAUGACCAUUGGUGAACUUGCUAAGCAUACCAAUGAGUCAAUAUCUACUUUGCAGGAAAUUCUUGUAAAUGUAGGGGAAAAGUUUGACUCAGAGUUUGACACUCUCAGCAUUGACAUUGCAGAGCUGGUAGCAAUGGAAACUGGGGUCAAUGUUCGGAGGCUGCAUUCCAAUGAAGGGGCAGAAAUUUUACCUCGGCCUGCUGUAGUAACAGUCAUGGGUCAUGUUGACCAUGGUAAAACUUCUCUUUUAGAUGCUCUACGUCAAACAUCAGUGGCAGCCAGGGAAGCUGGGGGCAUAACUCAGCAUCUUGGUGCAUUUGUUGUGAGCAUGCCAUCAGGAGCAUCAAUCACAUUCCUCGACACACCUGGUCAUGCCGCAUUUAGUGCUAUGCGAGCAAGAGGUGCUGCAGUCACAGAUGUAGUUGUCCUAGUGGUGGCCGCUGAUGAUGGUGUGAUGCCCCAAACUCUUGAGGCCAUGUCUCAUGCCAAAGCAGCUAAAGUACCAAUUGUGGUUGCAAUUAAUAAAUGUGAUAAACCAGCUGCAGACCCAGAAAGAGUAAAAGUCCAGCUUGCUUCAGAGGGGUUGCUGCUGGAGGAGAUGGGUGGCGAUGUUCAGGUGGUUGAAGUUUCAGCAGUAAAUAAAACUGGCUUGGAUAACUUGGAAGAGGCUUUGCUUCUCCAGGCAGAUUUGAUGGAUCUGAAAGCACGUAUUGAUGGGCCUGCUCAAGCUUAUGUGGUGGAAGCAAGACUUGAUAGGGGUCGCGGUCCAUUGGCUACCGCCAUAGUGAAGGCAGGGACCUUAGUUUGUGGCCAACAUGUGGUUGUGGGUGCAGAGUGGGGCAGAAUAAGAGCUAUUAGGGAUAUGAUGGGGAAUUUGACAGAUAAGGCUAAGCCCGCCAUGCCUGUCGAGAUUGAAGGGUUGAGAGGGCUUCCAAUGGCUGGUGAUGACAUCAUUGUUGUGGAAUCUGAGGAAAGAGCUAGAAUGCUUAGUGCAGGGAGGAAAAAGAAAUAUGAGAAAGAUAGGCUUAGAAAGAUUGAUGAGGGGAGAACAGAAGCUCCGGAACCAUCAGAAGAUGUGCCUGAGAGGGUUGAAAUGCCGAUUAUAGUGAAAGCAGAUGUGCAGGGCACAGUCCAAGCAGUCACAGAUGCAUUGAAGAGUUUAAAUAGUCCUCAGGUUUUUGUGAAUGUAGUCCAUGUUGGCGUUGGGCCUAUCUCUCAGUCUGAUGUCGACUUGGCACAAGCCUGUCAUGCCUGUAUAGUUGGAUUCAAUGUGAAGAAUCCACCUACUUCUCUCAGUCAGGCUGCAUCUCGAGCUAGUAUAAAGGUAAAAAUACAUCGUGUGAUAUAUCACCUUCUGGAGGACAUUGGCAAUUUGAUUGUAGAUAAGGCCCCUGGGACUUUUGAGACCCAGGUAGCCGGGGAGGCUCAGGUGCUGAACAUAUUUGAGCUCAAAGGUAGGAGCAAAUCCAAGGGAGAUGAUGUGAAGAUUGCUGGCUGCCGGGUGAUAGAUGGGCGUGUGACCAAGUCCUCAACCAUGAGGCUUUUGAGGAGUGGGGAAGUUAUGUUUGAAGGGUCAUGUGUCUCCCUCAAGCGGGAGAAGCAGGAUGUGGACACAGUUGGCAAGGGGAAUGAGUGUGGACUUGUGAUCGGAGACUGGGAUGAUUUCCAGAUUGGAGACGUCAUCCAGUGCUUGGAGCAAGUGAAUAGGAAGCCCAAGUUCAUUUCUUCAGAGAGUGGGGCUGUUCGAAUCGAGUGCUGACGCAUAUCCAGCAAUAUAGGCUGCUGCAGAUAUGCUUUGCAACUUGAUUUAUUCGCCCCUGCAUUUUUGUCAAGUAAACCGAACUUCUUCUAGUGUUUUCAUUUUUUGACAUAUCUUCAGGGAUCAAUGGCUUCUUCUGCCCAUUUAGCCCUCUACUUUAGAACAGCAAAAACUUACCUUUACAAGUCAAUUUUGGGAGGUCAAGUCUGAUACCUUCAUUUUGGGCUUCGAUACAAUAUGUACAAUUGAGGAGCUUAAGAUUAUAAUCUGUACAAUAAACAGCUACCAAUUAUUUUUAGCUGUAUAUGACAAAUCAUCAAUGAUUAUUCAUCUUUCUCUUCUAUUUU